AUGGACUUUAAGGAGGCUGGACACCAUCGAAAGUUGCAACUCCAAGAACUAGAAGAGAUAAGACGAGAUGCAUAUGAGACUUCUUGGAACUACAAAGCCAAGACCAAAACCUCCCAUGACAACCGUAUUUCAAGAAAACAAUUUGAGGUUGGUGAUAAAUUCUUACUCUUUGAUUCUCGUUUGAAGUUGUUCCCAGGAAAGUUACGGUCUAGGUGGAUUGGACCAUUCAUUAUGAAGCAUACUUAUCCCCAUGGAGCCAUAGACAUUCGCAGCAUAGAGACAGAGAAGGUCUUCAAGAUGAAUGGGCAUCAUCUGAAACCAUACUAUGAAUGGUUCGUAGUGCAAGUAGUGGAAGAAAUUCCACUAAACCAUCUUCCACAGCUUGCUUAA